AGCACUUUCUUUCAGUCAUUGCUUUGCUCUUACUUUGGUUACAUUUACCUGUUCCCUUAUUUAACUUUAGAGCAACGUUUGUUUUCAAUUUAGUUGCUGUUUAACUAACGGAACGUGUGCAACUACCUCGCAAAGACAACUUCGACAGUUACCACUUUUAUUCGAGUGGCGCCAAAAUUGAAAUAGAUUAAUUAUUUGUACAUACACAAACAUAUGCAAUUAAUUGUUAUAAAGCUCUUAUGAUAUAUGUGCAACCAACUACUACUUCCCAUAGACGCACCCUACCCCCUAAUAAGAAUCAAGUUCUCCAAUCAACAGUGCGUGGCAAUAACUCAUGGCCGCUAGCAAAUUUUCAACAGCGACGUCGUUAACAACGGGCCUCAAGCACACAACACCGUUCGAUGGCAUUUGUGCGAAAAUCUCAGCGUUCUACUUUGACUUAGAUAACACGCUAAUCCCAACGCGGGCCGGUGAUUCCAAAGCAAUACGCAAGCUAGCUGACGUGCUGGAAACCCAGUAUAGCUUUACCAAAGACGAUGCCAACCUAGCCACACAGAACUUUUUGAAGUCGUUCCGUCGCUGCCCGGACAACUCGCAAACGUCGCUGGACUCGUGGCGCACGCACUUGUGGCGCGAGUCGCUGCAGCAGAAGCACAAGCAUCUCGCCGAGCAGAUCUAUCCGCAGUGGCUGAAGCUACGCUACCGUUACCUGGCCAUACCGCCCGACUAUGUGCAGCUGUUGCAGCGCAUGCGUCGCGCCGGCUACCUUCUAGCGCUCAUCACCAAUGGCCCGUCGAAUGCGCAGCGCGAGAAGAUCAACAAGCUGCACGUCCGGGGCCACUUCGACUGCGUGCUCGUCUCCUCGGAUCUGCCGUGGGAAAAGCCGCAUCCGGAAAUAUUCUAUGCCGCUUGCAAUUUUCUUGGCGUCAAGCCGCACGAAUGCGCCAUGAUUGGCGAUAAACUCGAGACGGACAUCAAGGGCGGACAUCUGGCCCAGCUGGGUUUGACCUUCUGGCUGCCGCUGAGCACCAGCAGCGCCGCCUCACAGUGCCUGGACGAUGUGGAGUACAAGCCGCACGUAAAACUCAACAGCCUGCUGGAUCUGUACAAAUACUUUCCGCGCCUGAAUGCCGUCGCAGCAGCCGCCACUCCGAGCACCACGAAUCGUCGCAGCAGUCACAGCCAGAGCAGCAGCGGAAGCGGAAGUAUCGGCGGCAGCGGAAUCGGAAGUGGAGCCGGGAGCAAUAGCGAUCAUGAUCGCGGGGCUGGAGUGCGUCAGCAGCCAUAUGGCGAGGACUCGUAUCAGCGCCAGAGCGCGUAUAGGCGUGGCGGCUCAUUGCCAGCAAUGGACUGCUCCAACAGCGAGGCGGAGAACAGCUGCGAUAGCUUUAUUUAGGAACUAAUACGGAAUCGGACAGAGUGAUACGCGGUUGCCUAGCGGGGGGCGAAUGUUACGUGAAGCAGCAGUGGGAGAAAGAGAUGAAGAAUAGGAGGAGACAAUGAGCAAUUGAACGUGCAAGACAUGGAAAUGAUGUACCUUCAGUUUACAAAACCAAACACACACACACACACACACACACACACACACACACACACACACAUACAGAAACACACCCACACACACACACAGUCACACUCACAAUCGACUAUAUUAAAAAGGUUGAAGUCUUAACGGAAAUAAUCAAAUUGGAAUUGAAUCAGCGCAAAAAUUUUUAAUAAGCCAAGCUGAAUCUCGCAAAUCUGCCAUAUAUAUCGGAUAAAUAUGUAUAUGUAUAUGAAAUACUUUAAGCAACCAAAACUCAACAACUGUUGCAUCCAUAUGUAUUAUAUAUAUAUAUAAAUAUGUAUUUUUCUAAAAACCAAUAAGAGCAAAUGAAAUUGUUAUAGCAGAGAUAUGAUAUAUGCAUGUACUAUACAUAUACACACACAUUAUAUAUAUAUAUAUAUAGGAAUAUAUAAAGCUAGGCUAUGGUAGCUGUAAGCUAUAGACAGCACAAUUUGUAAAAUCUGCACCACCCGAAACACCAACUGCACCACCAAAACAAACAAAACAAAAGAAAACUCACGAAACGGAAGAAAACCUGUUAGAGAAAUGAAAUCAAGAAAUUAAUGUAAAGGAAAAACUGAAUACAAAUUGUUAACUAAUGUUGUAGGUAUGUUGAAUAUGUACACACAUAUAUAGAUACUCUCUCUU